UCCUACUACAGCUUCCGUGAUGCUGAGCAAGUAGACCCGCUAUCAUCGCCUCCUUCAACCUCUCGGGGACGCCAGCCGACUCGGUCUCCCAGGUCUCCCAGGUCCCCUAGGGAGCAGUCUCCAACCAUCGUCAAAGUCCAACGAAAGGAUUCUGGAUACGAGUCGCAUACUUCAUCACCACGCACGUCAGCCACUUACAUUCGACCCAAGCCUUCACGACGUACUACAGGACUAUCCAAGUAUGGAACUGCAUCAGCUCAGUCGUUACGAUCCCGCAUCCGGCCGACCAUCCAUCGACCCGCAACCAGCCAGACAUCUGGCACAUACCAACUUCGAACUGUCGAGGUCGCCAACCAAGUGCCCUACUACCAGUUCCAAGCUCCCGACCUUGCUGAAGUUGCAGAGACCAGCCAGGAAGCCCAGAAUACCGUCUUACCGCCCCAGACCACUCAUUACUGGACCAGCGAUAGAACUCGUCGAUUGGAGUAUGCAGCCAUUGACGCUGCAAGCAAGGGCGUCAAGGGCUGGUUCCGAAGGAACUUGCUUCCCGACUGCUUUGCAGGCAAAGGCAGACAUGUUGCCUUUGACGAUGAUACUGGCAGUGUUCGUCGGUAUAGGCUUGACCUGGAAGACGACCAAGAGGAGAAG